AUGGCUACACAACCACGGCUGGAAGACCUCUUAGCUGAGGUCCUGCCCUCAGGCCUCCAGCUCAACGUCCGUCACGUCUCCACAACGCCUACACGCUGUGACGCUAUCUUCUCCGCGCCGCCUGGCCAAGAGCCCGAGAUUACCUUUUGCGAAUCUCAUUUUUAUGUUGUCACGGUUAAUAAGAAUAGACAGGACGAUGUUGUGGAUGAUGAGGUAGCGGUUUUGGGUGUGGAGGUUUAUGUGUAUACGACUGAUCGGCUUACGACGUUGUUUGUGUCUAAGGCUGAUUCGACGGGGUAUGUGCAUUUGACGACUGCAUCUCAAGCAACGACAGCAGCAACGCCAAAGGUUUCGUUGUUGAGGUUAUUGACGACCACUUUUAUACGAUUUUUGGCGCGUUCGUAUCAAAGGCUGGGCGUGAGGUUAGUUCUGUCGCUGUUUGCGCGAGCGCAGAAUCAGUAUUUGUUUCCGGGAAGUGCGGAUAAUGAACGGAAACAUGUUUUGGAUGAUCGAGGAUUGAUUAAAUGGUGGUGCCGGGCUGCUGAUCCGCUUCUUCGUGAACAUGCUGCUGAAUCUCGACAAACCAGCGAAGAAGAUGGGAAUGUGGAAAGUGUGAAAAGCUCGGCGACGGCAUAUCUACUCGUUCCCGGAUGUGAUCAGUACGAGACUCGCGCGUUCUUUCCGCCUACAGUGCGGUCAGAUGAGAAUCAGCAUCAUCCCCGAUGGCGGGUGUCGUAUCCCCUUAGCCAGAUAUGUAGUCACCCCGAUGCGCCCCCACGAUGUCUCGUCCCCAGGUUUCCGGACGAUCCCAAGGCACGUUUUUUGGAUGAUUUGGAUGAUGAGUUACCUAGCUCUUCAAGCAGCGGUGGUGGUGAUGGUUCUUCUGAAACGGACAAAAAGCCCGGUCAUUGGCGGAGUGUCAGAUCUUUGGAGAUGUUUUGGGAGAUGAUGUCUUUUCGGCAGGAGUGUUCUGCGGGCAGACUUGUUGGGUUUUUGUGGUUGGUUAUUAAUCCGCCUGGGUUACGCAGCACGGACAAAUUGGUGAGCCAGGGUGCUGCAGCACUGACUGUCGAUACGAAAGAGAAGACACCCCCCGAGGAAGACGAACUUGCGCCAGCUACUACUUCGGCAGAAGCAAAAUUCGACGACAGAUCUUUACCCGGUUUACAACAUGAAAAAAUCCAACCACCUACAAGUGCAUUGGACGCUGGUCGGAGUGCUUUCUACUGGCCUGAAAUAGGCAGAGGAGAGAUCAUACUGAGCGAGGAAGACUACAAAAUUGCAAACGAUGUCCUGCUCGAUCAAGACUUUGAGACUGAAGAGCUCGCCAUCAAAGGCACCAUGGCCUGGAUUCGCAAAGUGGCAUCAGUCGCGGAUGUCCUCUGGUGGGGAGUCAAAGUUACAGGCAGGAAGAAAGUUACGGAAACAACCCAGCCAGCAGCACCGGCGCAGACGAUCGAUUCAGGGCUCAUUGUUCGGAAACGGAAGAAGGAGGUUGAGCCCACACCGACGACAACCAGCGUUGAAGCUGAGCCGUCAGAUAGAAACGGUACAGACAAACCCUUGGACACGUCCAAAGACGGAGGGGUCAAUGUUCUCAAUGCCAGUUUUGUCCGAAAGAAGAAAAAGACAUAG